GUACUGGUCGUAUGAACAACCGGAGGUGAAUAAUGUGAUCAGUACAGUGUGUUUACAUUGUGUCGCCAAAAAGCAAGAAAAAACGGUAAACUUGAAAUAGACCAGAUUCACAACGAGACCAAGAGGAUCUCUCCAUUCAACACCUCAAAAAUGAGACUGGUGAUCCUGGAGGACUAUGACCUGGCUAGUGAAUGGGCAGCCAAAUACAUCCGCAACAGAAUCAUCCAGUUCAAGCCCAGUGCUGACAGAUACUUCACUUUAGGACUACCCACAGGAAGCACUCCUUUUGGCUGUUACAAAAAGUUGAUAGAGUUUCACAAGAAUGGGGACCUCUCUUUCAAAUAUGUGAAGACCUUCAACAUGGAUGAGUAUGUGGGCCUGCCCCGGGCCCACCCAGAGAGCUACCACUCUUACAUGUGGAACAACUUCUUCAAGCACAUUGAUAUUGAUCCAGCUAAUGCCAGUAUCCUGGAUGGCAAUAUCACUGACCUGGAAGCAGAGUGUGAGGCCUUUGAGAAGAAGAUCACCCAGGCUGGGGGAAUCGACUUGUUUGUGGGAGGUAUCGGACCAGACGGCCACAUUGCCUUCAAUGAGCCAGGCUCCAGUCUAGUCUCCAGGACCAGAGUGAAGACUUUAGCAAAGGACACCAUCGUAGCCAAUGCCCGUUUCUUUGGCAACGACCUGUCAAAGGUCCCCACCAUGGCCUUGACUGUGGGUGUGGGGACAGUCAUGGAUGCCCGAGAGGUCAUGAUUCUUAUCACUGGAGCCCACAAAGCCUUUGCCCUGUACAAAGCAAUAGAGGAGGGGGUCAACCACAUGUGGACCGUCUCAGCCUUCCAGCAGCACCCACGCACCAUCUUUGUGUGUGACGAGGACGCCACACUGGAGCUCAGAGUCAAAACAGUCAAGUACUUCAAAGGUUUGAUGCAUGUUCACAACCGACUGGUGGACCCAGUACUCAGCAUAAAGGACCAAUAAUGGAGAAUAAAACCAAGUCAGAGAAUUCCAGACCUCAAAAUGGUGGAUGGACCCAAUUGUUGGUAGGCUACAACCAGCAUGACAAUGUGCCAGAGAGAUUGUUUGUCAGCACUUCAGUUGAGGGGCUGUGGUUUAAGGCUGCCAUAACAACUAACCAAGCAUUACAGUGCAUGAGAUUUGCUCAGUUUGUUACAUUGCAUUAGGAUAUUAUGAAGGCUAACUGUAAAUGCCCCCUCAGCUGAUAUGUUAAAGAUGCCAUGAAUUCUCAUAUACAACUGUUACCAAUAUAUUAUGAGGUCAGAAUCUUUGCAGUAUUAGUCUCAAACAUAUGUAUUUGCCUUCUCGACUACUGUUCUUUCUUCCUUCUGCACAAUCUAGAGAGGGGAUGGAUGAAAACAAAAUGUUUAGACCAGCUUAGAUGAAAUAAAUCCAGUUUGGGUUGUUGAGACCUGUUUUUACAGGGAAACAUACAACACUGUAGUUCCUUUACACUCCAUUCCAUGUCAUUUGUAGCUUUGAACGGUCCGUAGGUUGGUUUACCUGACAGUCAGUUAUACUUUCCAAGUCGCCACCGCAGUGAUUUACACUCAAUAUACUGUCUUUUGUAUCCGAAAUGUCAUUCUUGGCCAUGUUGUAUGCUCUCACAAGAUUGUAUCGGCAAUCAUUUGAUGUCAAGGCAUCAUGUUAACUUUUCAAACAUCUCUAAUCAGUCAUUAAUUUACCUUUUUGUUGUUGUUUUGUAGAACAUUCUACCAGAACAAGAAUGUUUUCAUUUCAAUGUAACUCAAUUUUUCCCAACUACUGGGUUUACAAGAUUACUGAGUCUUUUAGAAAUUAAUUGUGCACAUAAUGUACUGUAACUCAUAAAAAUGCUUCAUACCGGC